AUGGACCAAGCAAAAGACUCUCCGAAGGAAACGAACAACGAGUGGAGUCGAUACAGCAUCUUUGACGAGCUAUCAGGCUUUCUCAGCGCCAAACCACCGGCCAAAGCCAGCAUGGAGCCCAUAACGGAGCACACGCCGGAGCAUACGCCGGAGCACACACCAGACCACAUACCGGAGCACAAACUGGCGCUGCCACCGAAGGAGCAUUGGACACAACCAUUCCUUGAAUAUGCCAUUUACAUCAUCUUCAACUUCAUCCUCUUCGGUUACUUCGAACAUAGAGCAGCCGAGGGGCGCACGCCCGAAGAGCGGCGUAAUCACUUCCUCCGGCUCUACACGAAAUACUUCCCAAGAAGAGAAGCCUUCGAUCAGGCAGUUGAGGCGCGCGACCUACGGACUCAACACAAGUACUUGCAGAAAAGUAUUUGGAUUGAGUCGUUGCAAAAUUCCUCCAACUCAAAGGGUCCGUGGUACUUGGAAAAAGCACUCAGGUUGAACGACGAGGCUCGGGAUGUCGAGUUGAGCAAGAGCUUGAUCCGAGCCAACAGGGGUCGGGAUCUGCUCAUGAGUCCGGAAUAUCUGGAGUUCUUGGAGUUCAUGGACGGGGCCAAAGACGACUGGAUUCGCCUCUAUCUCAGCAUUUCAGCCUUCGUGAAGAAAGUCUUCCGCUAUACUGGACUCUUCAUUCUGUGGGAAAUCCUACGAGUUGUGGCGCGCAUACUACGCGCUGCCGUUGCGCUGUUUCUGAUAUUGGUCUCAUCAUAA